UCCACCGCACCCACUGGAGGCUGGAGGCUGCCUGGGAAGCUGGAGCAUCCCUGUUUUGUUUCCCCACCGACCCAGCAUCAGUGAACAAAAAGAAGCAUAGCCAAAGCCUUAUGCUGACCAUCUGAGCAGACAUGGGAUGCAUGUGGGGAGGGAUUGGUCAUUUAUCGCAGAGCUAGCUGACUGGGGCUUUUUUCAUUUAACACUACAUUCAACACCAUGGCUAAACAGUACGAUGUGCUCUUCCGACUCCUGCUUCUCGGAGAUUCUGGGGUUGGGAAAACAUGUUUGUUAUGCAGAUUCACGGACAACGAAUUUCACCCGUCUCACAUCUCCACCAUCGGAGUGGACUUCAAAAUGAAGACACUAGUAAUAGAUGGUAUCAAAGUGCGGAUACAGAUAUGGGACACUGCAGGCCAGGAAAGGUACCAGACCAUCACUAAACAGUACUACAGACGAGCACAGGGAAUCUUCCUGGUGUAUGAUAUCACAAGUGAGCGAUCGUUCCAACACAUCAUGAAGUGGGCCAGUGACGUGGAUGAGUAUGCUCCCGACAAGGUCCAGAAGAUCCUCGUAGGGAACAAGUCGGAUGAGGUGGACAAGAGGCAGGUGGCCACAGAGCAAGGUAUCAAGCUGGCCAAAGCUUACGGAAUGGACUUCUUUGAGACAAGUGCCUUCACCAACCAUAAUAUAACAGAGACUUUCACACGAUUGGCUGAGCAGGUGCUGGCAGCCAAUAAAAAGGACCUGGAUCUUCUCCGGAUGUCCAUUAACGACGAGCUUAAUCUUGCUGCUCUGGAGGAAGAGGAGGGACUCUGCGACAGUGCGGCUGGUGACCAAGGCAAAGGCUGCGCUGUCUCUGAUAUGAAUCAUAAGGCUGGGUGCCUUGCACAUCAACAAUGUGAUUGAUUACAUUUGGCCUUCAUUCACCUCUUUAGUAUUUUCCUUCAUGUGGGUGAUUGCACUGAUGUACUCACAGCCUUUCAACCAUCCAAUGCAUCAGAUGUAGUGUAAGAAAUUACCACAAGAGGGUGCUACAUGUAUUGCACACACACACCUGAGAGGUGUUCAGUGUUCAGUGAUGCCAGUACACUGUUUUAUCUUUUCUUUUUUAAUUUUUUGGUGGUAAAUGCAGCUGCAACGGUUACCUUUAAUGGUAUGAAAGGAUUCUAAAUAUAUGCAGCCAUUUUUUUUAUAAUUUUAUUUUAUUGUUACCAUGCAAAUGUCGGCCACACAGACACAGGUUUUGCAGCUUGUAAUAUAAUCCCUUGUAGGGCCACACGCACACUCUGAUAAUUUGCAGUGAGGUGGUUAACCGUGGGAAACAUUGAGAGCAAAGUUAUUUCAUUUCCUUGUAGCAAAACGGAAGGUAUUUUUCAUCAUUUUAUAGUCUUUGUUUAUAGCAGACAGUAUGCUGUAGUACAGAUAGUUUGAUAACUGCCCAUUGCAUGUACAUAUCAGGUUUUUCAGAUCAUCAUAGACUGAUAGAAUCAUGAGCAUACACCAUGAAUAUAAUGUAUUACCAUUAGGGGGCUGUAUAAAAAAAAGUCCACAGUGAUAUAGAUGGUCUGAAAUAUUCCGUCUGUGAAUAUAACAAUGUCUUGGUCAUUAUGUCCUUUUCUCACUGUUUUGUACAGAGUCCAGUGGAGAUGCCAUUUCUUUUUUUUUUCCCCCAGACUUAACAAGUGACAAGCAAGAGUUUUGCAUGUGAUCCACUCUUUUUUUUCUCCUCUUUCUUUUAUUGCAACUUCAAUGAAGUUAAUAAUCAUCUGACCGUGUUAUAAGAAGAGCAUUUGACCAGAGUUGCCUGUUGGAGACUUACACAGAAUGAACAUCUUAGGACUAACUUUGGCUACAUUUCUUUUGCAAUUUAUUAUGACUAAAUGCUACUCAAAACAGUUGUUAAUGUGUGCAAUGUGUGAAAUGGCAGUAUGUUGUGUUGAAUGAUGUGCUGGACUAAGCUCUAGAUACACAAUGUAUCUGUGUUGUUUUCAAGAACUUUUUUUUGUUGCCCCUCUUUCUUUUAGACUACUUUAAUUGUAUUUGUGGAAAUAUAUUACAUGCAACAUGUAAAAUGCAACAUGUUAUUAUUGGAGAGAAGAUGUCAGAUGUUUAUGAGUAAAUA